AUGGAUGUCGAAGUUAACAUUCUUCCAUGUUUAAUAAAGUAUAAUGGUCCUACCGAGUUUAGGAAAAGAUUUAAAGAGAAAAUAAGGACAUUAUCACAGGAUUCUUCUGAUUCCUCAACUACAUCAUGUACAACAGAUUCUUCAAAUUCUUCAGAUUCAACAGAUUCAACAGAUUCCAACUCUAUUCCAGGUGGAUUUGACAUAAAGGAAAUUUGUGGAUCUUGCACUAACAAUGUGAAUUUCUCAGUGAAAGUGACUGAAAAACUUAUAAAAGAUGUGUAUUAUCCUAUUAGAGGAGUGGAUAAGCUUCUGAAAGACAAGUAUUAUGUAUUAUUUAGAGGUCGUCAAAUGCGUGGAAGCAGAUUAGCUCUUGAGGAUUUUGGGUACAAUAUGAGUGUUGUAACUAAGGAUAAUAGACAUAAAGAAUCAAAUUUCUCAAAAAACACUUCUACCGAGUCUACAUAUCUCAUUAAAACUGCCAACAUUUCAUCCAUUACGUAA